AUGCCCGAGAACGAAUGGAGGAAAGGACCUUGGACACCUGCAGAGGAUAAUUUGCUUAUCGAGUAUGUUAGAAUGCACGGAGAAGGAAGAUGGAGUUCGGUAGCUAGUUGUUCAGGCUUGAAAAGGAGUGGCAAGAGUUGCAGGUUAAGGUGGGUGAAUUAUCUAAGACCUGGUCUUAAGAAAGGCCAAUUAACACCUCAAGAAGAAGCCAUUAUCAUACAACUUCAUGCUUUAUGGGGUAACAAAUGGUCUACGAUAGCCAGAUACUUGCCAGGGAGAACAGAUAACGAGAUAAAAAACUAUUGGCGAACUCACUUCAAGAACAGAGGAACACCGUCACAAAACCAAGAAAAGCAACGAAACAAAGCUGCAUAUAGGCGAGAUCGUUAUCAAAAAGAAGUAAAUGAAAUGAAGAAUAACUUCGUUUUACGUUGUACUCCAGAAAGGAACAACAGAGGGACGAUAUCUAAACCACCACAAGCCAAUAUGGAAGAGAUUUUUUGCAUCACAAGUGCAGUCGCUACCACUGACCAGCAGCCCCAUAACCAGACCGAGAUGACUCACGAGGUUGAUGCAUCAUGGUGGGGCGCCCUUUCAGAAGACGGGUCAUGGAGCGGGAUUUUGUGGAAUCUGGACAAUGACACUCCAAAGCAAGUUAUGAUGGAACAAUCACUUAGUUCAUAUUUUUGAUUCAUAAAAAAUAGA